UAAAAUGUGUCCUCUGCGUUUAGCCCAUUCCUGAGAGAGCAGUGGGCUGCCACAGUGCAGCACCAGGAGAGCAUCCUGCGGAUAAGGGUCUUGCUCUGGGACCCAGAGUGGCAGCCUGUGGGAUUAAAACCAGGGAACUUGCAGACUUCCCAGGACGCCAGCACCCGGCUCCAACCAUCACGGGAUCACUCCCCAUAAUAUUAUUUAAAUAAACAGCCAUAAUAUAUCUGAAAUACCAUCAUAGGCCAGAUUUAUUUUCCCUAUAUCCCAGUUUUCCUCAUAGUAUUUGCAGGAGAGAUGCCUCUGCCGACAGAAGAGGACAUGCAGCAGAGCAGCAGAUGAGUGAGCCCCGGGCCAAGGCUACUGGUGGGACUCACUUGAGACAGUGGGUUGUAUUAUACGUCUUGGUUGUAUUGGAUCGACAAUGCGUACUGUUGUCUUCAUGAAUGCGUGUUUUCCAGAGGGGCAACGGGGAGUGGAUUGCAGAUGUCCUUGCCCCAAGCUUUAUGAAUACCCGUGCUGUUUUUGGAAGGAACACUGGCACAGAACAGCAUCAGAUUAUGCAGUAAGAGUCUCUGGGCCAGUCACAUGUACAAGGGGUGGAAUUCUAUGCUGAACUGAAAACAUGUUUUUUAAAUCUUCGUAAGACUUAUAGGUUACACGUUACCUUAUCAUUUUGUGCUGCUGGUUGCUCUUUUUAAACAUUGAUCCCUGUUAAACCUUGUGAAAAAAAAAACUAUUACAGUAUCUUUUCGUGAAAUGUGCAGCAUUUAUUUUUCUUUUCAGGUGAGUAUACGUAGCCAAAUCACCAUGGCAUAAAAUCAUGAAACUGUAAAUGUGGAAAAGAAGGACGGCACAUUGAACAGAGACAAACUGGAGGUAGUGUGAGAUGGUGGAAGAGAAACACAGAUGCUUGCUGCCCUCUAGUGCCACACAGGCAGCUCUCUGUGUAACACAAUAUGAGACAGCUGAGAUGGGAAUGAAUUAUUCAUAAAUAAAAGGAUGAUAAAGCAGUAUUUCAGGAGAUGGGAGAUAAGAGAUGCGACUAAUAAUGUGUGGAUUAUAAACACUAUUGUCUCUGUGAGAAAGCGUAAUCUUCUGCAGAAGUUGCUUUUGUUGAUAGCUCAAAGAAGAUAUUUUUAACACUUGUGAGUACUAAAACACAUCCUGGCCUUUUAUAUUUAUCCAAUAGGCUACAGAAUAGGUAGACAAAUUACCCUACCCCCCAUUUUUUAAUCAAGAGAACAGCAUUAAUAUGGUUUCAGGGUUGCAUAAAAAACAUUCUAGGCUUCUUUACCUGCAAGUAACAUUGGUUUUGCUUCCUGCUGUUUCUCCUCCUUUUUGUGAAUCUUAACAGUUUGAGCUCGUCUGUCUUUGCCACAGAUUAACCACAUAGUGGCAGUCGACAGCUGCACAGCCGUGGUCAGGGCUUAAUGAUUAAGCGUUUACUCCCGUCGCAGUUCCCCACACGCUUUGGCUCAUUGCCUUGUGCUGUGUGUGAAACCUGUGGUGAUUCAACCUAGAGACUGGGCCUGUUGGGCAGCCAUUUUACCGUUUUCUACAGGUCUCCUGUUCCUUUAAAGGCAGACACUUAUCAUCUGCAUGGCCGGGGAGCUGCAGUGAAACAGGGAAGCAUGAAAAACUGGAGCGCAAAAUUCAAGAGACAAGAACAUGGGGGUGAAGACGGGUCUUCCUCUCACAACAAGACCUCCAUCAGGGAUCCGGCAGUGCCCAUGUGGGUUACUCACACACCCCCACCAAACAAUGUGACAGAUGAUAGUGAUGAAGACGGCAUGUCAAGUCACAUAUCUAGCUCUCUGUCUGAUACUGAAAAGGUGAGCAGUGACAACAAAAGGAACGGGAAGAGCAUGUUAAGAUCCCUCAUCCCUAAAUCUUUGCGCGGGAUCGUUCACAAGCCUACAGAAGAAAGUGACUUUGAAACCACCAGAACUGGGAUCCAGAUUCUCCCCAAUGGGACCAGGGUGAGCCCCCCUAUAAGUCCCUUCCUGGAGCGCAGGAACUGGGAUGAAUCAUCUGGGAACUCCACCAAAGACUCGCAGAAGUCCUUGCCAACCCAACCCCACCCAGAUGUGUGUUUUUGUCAGAGCUCACAGGAGCAGUCCCUCCUGACCAGCAUCCACCCUGCAGAGUACUACGCCGCCAAGGUGGAGGUUUAUCAGCAGAAGUACUCCUAUUUGAAAUCAUGGCCUGGUUUACUCAGGCUUCUGGCAGGGUUGGAGCUUCUGUUUGGCGCCAUGGUGUUUGCAUGUAUCAUUGCCUACGUUAAAAAAGACAGUGAGUGGUCCAACACUUAUGGACUCUAUAAUGGAAUACACAACAAUGGGCUUGGUUUGUCUGGGUACAGUUACAGGGGGCCUAUGACUCCCUUCAUUUUAGCUGUAGCUGGAGUCUCCUGGAUCAUUACUCUGAGUCUGCUAGUGAUAGGAAUGACCAUGUAUUAUCGCACCAUCCUCCUGGACUCCUCCUGGUGGCCCCUGACAGAGGCCUUGAUCAACGUGGCUCUGUUCCUGCUUUCCAUGGCAGCAGGGAUUGUAUAUAUCAAUGACUUGAAUCGUGGGGGGCUAUGCUACAUGACAAUUGGGGUUAACCCCAUUAUGGCCAACCUGUGUCGAGUUGAUGGAGGCCAGAUGGCAGGAACAGCAUUUAUCUUUAUCAAUAUGAUCAUGUACCUGGGAAGUUUCCUGGUAUGUCUCAAGAUGUGGAGGCAUGAAGCCGUUCGGAAGCACAGACAAAACUUUGUGGAACAGGGUGAGUUUAACCAGUCGACAUUACUACAUCCCCAAAGGAAAAUCCCACUUAGGGAUGAACCAGAUAAACCUUUGAAUGAGGAUGAUAACUAUCAGUGUGCACUGCCCCCUGAUGUCCAUAAAUCAACUGUCUGUCCAAACAGAUCUACACUGUACAAUUAUACACCCAAAGUACAUGUCAUCGCGGACUAUAUAAUAAAGUAUCCAGAGAUCAGAUCUGCAGAGGAAAUGGAAAAGUACAAGGCUGUUUUCAAUGACCAGUAUCAGGAGUACAAGGACCUUCACAGAGACAUCAGUACAAUGCUUAAUAAGUUCAGGGAGCUAGACGCUAUGGUGGAACAACUUUCCAGAAAAGGGUCAAGCUUCGAGACUCAACAGAGGAUUCAAAAUAUUUUAAAAACAUAUCAGAACAAAAAAAAUGAUCCCGCUUUCCUUGAGAAGAAGGAACGCUGUGACUACCUAAAAGCCAAAUUACGGCACAUUAAAAACAGAAUUCUGGUGUAUGACCAGGAGACGGCUGCCAAUCAUCAGAUAUGACAAAGACUGCAGAAUGCUGCCAUUUACUUUCUUUUUUGCUGUCUUAUUGGUUUGUACUCUAUAUGUUAUACAUCAUGUUUUUUACUCCAAUGAACAUUAUAUGUAGCUUAACAAACAUCCUUAGAUUUUAGUUUUGUGUGGUCUAAGAAAUAAUAUGAGCUGAGGUACAACGACAGUUCAGAGUAAGGAUUUUUCUGUUAUUACUUCUAUUAUGAUGUUUUAUGAUGCAUCACUCUUUAAACCUGCCAUCAGACCAAAUGGUCAAAGAUGAAAGUGCCAAAGUGAAAUGGGAGCAGAGAAUCAGGUACUUACAAACAGAUUCUACAAAUGUAAUCAAUAUUGUAUCUGAAAGUAAUCUGCCAAAUAAAUGAUCUAUUUGUUAUUU